AUGAAGAAGCUCAAGAACUGGCGCAAAUAUCAACCACUGGUGAAAGACACUUCCAUUGUUGCUGUUGUUAUAAUUCACAGAGCAGCUGCAGACUCACAGAAAGAUGGCCAUGGUGUUGGCUUGAGUGGACCAUCAGAACCCAUCAGGUCAAACAGCAGAGGCCAUGGUUUCAACUCAAUCUCUGAAGUUUGCCCAGGCACUUUCUCAAUCACCUCAAGGACCUCAGGAACAUUGGAGCAAAUCCCGAACAUAGAAAUACCUUUCGAGGGAGUAGUGCAAACGAUGGUGGUGUCGCUGCUCCCAGGCAUAAGCAUGUUGGUGUCGCGGCGGAAGCAAUCCGUCGAACACCUGGUGGAUAGGGCGACUGUAGGGUUGUCCUCUGCACCUGGCGAGUUUAGUUUGGGGAUGGGAGUCGAAGCUAUAGUCAGAGCAGUUGGUGUCGGCCUGGAGGUCGGUGCAGCGGUGGGCUCGGUCGGUGAAGUGGUAGGAGCCAUGUACGCUGGUGAGGUAGAUGAUGCCGCGGCGUGCUCACUGCAGGCGGAGAACAGGACCGAGCAGUUGUCGAUGACAUCGGGCGGCGUGGUGGUGGUCGAAGAGAACUAUGGCGCACCUAUCAUGAUGUGCGAUGCCACAACAUGCUUGUUGCAAGCGGUGGGCGUGACCACGCACUCAUCGAUGGCACCGGGUGUUGUGGCGGCGAUGGGUGUAGGCGCUGCAGUCAAUGCUGGGGUGGAUGGUGGUGUCGCAACUGCCGGCGCAGCGGUCGGAGUCGAGGGCGCCGGUGAAGUGGGCGAAGACGAGGGCGCGGACGACCGUGUCGCAGAUGCGAGGGUCUUGAGGGUGCUACACAUCCCCGCGUUCACUUCCUCCAUCAUCCGCAGCAUGCGAUCCAUCUUCGCCUCGAGCUCGGCGAUGGUGGCCACGGACAGUGUAGAUCCGGGUCGGGCCAUACUUCCUCGAUCGAUGGCUCUGGUACCAAAUGUCACGAUCCUUGAGGUAACUACCGGCGUACACGCACGGCGGGGGGAGAUCGGCGGCGCCGUCUCUGGAGAAGAACGGAGAAGAGGAGAGAAAUAG